AUUAAAGAUGGCGGCGAAUUCGAAGCGAUCUUUGUACAAUCCAGCGCCUUCGCAAACGCCUCCACCGCAGAUAAGGUACUGAAUGUCUUAACUAAUUCCUAUAUUUUGUCUUAAGUUUGUGAUUUCUUUAUUUUAACGCGUGGAAAUUGCGUGUUUGUUGUGAUUUUUUUUCCACAGGAAAUCGCUCGCCCAAGGUUUUCUUAAUACAGAGCCUGUCACUGGUUUUCCAUCAAGUGCAUCGAGAUCUACUAUACCUUUUUCGACGUAAGGUUAUGUUAUUUAAUAGAUUGGUUUCAAUAUUCAGGAAGUUUCAAUCUCUUUCUUUUGUAUGAGAACUCUUCUUGAUGUAAAGGAAACUAUUAAGCUCUUCUUAACUAUAUCGUUGUCGCUGCAGAUCAUAUUUAAAAUCGCUGUCUUUGAGUGAUCAAAACCCUUAAACUCCCUACAUAUUUGUGUUCAUUUCCCCCUCUAGCUUCUGCGUAUUUAUUGUAUGCAAUUUGAAAGAGUUAUCUGUGUUGUUUUACUAGGAUAACACUAUUUUUCAGUGGACGAGUUCGUUUGUUUUUGUAGUUUUGGCUAAUAAAGUGAAAUUGUGAGAAUUGACAUGCAUGCUGAUCUCCUCUGGGAGUUUAAGGGUUAAAUACUGUACAAAAAUCCAAGGCUCUCACUUAAAUAGGACGAAAGCCUAAGCUUAAGGUAUUUUAGAAGUUUAGGAAAGCCUAUUCAGGAAUAUAAUAAAAACUUAUUUCACUUAUAUCAAAGUACUGAGCAAAUCACUUCAAUUUCAUGUUUACUUUUCCAUCCCUGAUCUAAACACAAGCUUGAGUAUAUACAUUAGAUUUCAAAUAACAAUGACCUUACAAUAACAUUCCACUGAGGGGCAAAAGGAGGGAGGUUCUUCAAAGGAGACAUUUUAGGGGGUGCAUCACUCUUUGUCUUGAGUUCUCUUUGUUUUGAAGAAAGACUCCCUAAGGUUUAAGGUCAGAUUGUAGGGAGGCUGUAUGAAAAUGGCUGUUUGACAAUUUUAAAUAAUUUUUUUGCAUUCUCAACUUUUUGUUGUGAUUAAAUCCCAGGCAUGUCCCUGACCCAACAUAUGUUGAAGAGAGAGAAUCAAAACAAACCUCACCUGUUCUUUUGGUGGAUGCAAGUGGACAGCAUAAGAGCCCUGAUCUUGCUGAAGUACCAGUUGUUACAGGAAUUGUUAAGUCUCCAGUGAGAGUUGUGUGCCAUUCUCCUCGACAUUUAGGAAGAGACAGAAGCAUGUUAGAAAACUCAGUUAUUAUUCAAAGAUCAGACAACUUAACUGAUGUUACUGGCAGUUUAGAAGAAGGAAGGAAAGUUAAAGUAGCUGGUAUACCAAAAGUUAAUCUUCUUGAAUCCAGUGCAAGAAAGAAAGAUUUACCUCACAGUAGUCCAGGUAAAGUUUCGGUUAAUGUUACUCAAACCUCAGUUAUGUUGUCUUCUUAUUAGCCACAGAGUAAAAUUCUUCAAAGCUUUUCAACUCUUGGAACAAUAAACUGCAUGAAAGGUUCUCUAAAGGCUUGUUUUCACUGGCAAUGGAUUUGAACUCAGAGUUUUAGUUGGAGUGGUAAAAGCACUUAUGACCCAGUGAAAAUGGAAAAAAAAUCAUUCACAAGCUCAAUGGAAUUGGCCUUGAAAGAACACUGGAAUUGUUUAUUUUAUUCCGAUUGUGCCCAGUAAUGACUCUAACUGUUAUGAUCCAUUGAAAACCAGAUUUUAGAGGUACAAGCAGAAUUGGAAAAACUUACUAAUCACAUUGAGAAUUCUAAGACCAUCUGAUGGCUUAUGACUCUGACAACUCUGACAGAUCAGUUUUCACUGGAUCUUAAGGAACUGAAUCGUAAGGGGCAUCAGUAUUUUUUAUGGUACUCUCUGCACUUCUUAUUAUUCCAACUCUGCUCUAAGUGAAUACCAGUCUAAUGGAAUAGUGAUCACUGUACCACUUUUAACAUCAUCACCCUGUACCAUUUAGUAGAUGAUUUCCACACUUGUAUUAUUUAUGCAGAGGGACAAGACUGUCUAAAUCACAUCUAAGCUGUAGCAACUAUAUGUAUGCUUUUUUUUUGGGUAUUUUUUAAAAUAAAGUCCAUAGUGAGGCUUAUAAUGCUGAUAAUUAUAACAAACAAGCAGAAGGAUGAUCCUGGUGAUUUGGAUUGUUUAAAAAUUAGAUCACAUUUUGAUGUGGUUUAUUUAAAAUAUCUUAGUAAAUUCAUGUCUCAAGAAGGAAGAGGUCUGAGGUUUUAUGAUGUCCAUAGUGCUCCUGACACUUUUGUCAGUUUUAUCUUUAAGGAAAGACAAGUGGCCAAUGAACAAGCUUGCAAUGAGUCUCCCUACCCAGCUUAAAAUUUUGUAUUUUUCCUACUUUUGGAAUAAAUCUUAAUCAUUAAUUUAAGAGAAUAUUUUCAAUGAAUAUUCUUCCAGAUAAUAUCAGUGGUUGUCUUUUUGGUGAAUUUAAGUCCAAAGUGUCACAUGAAACUCAGUCAUCAUGAUCGUUAAAACUAUUGGAAGGAGUAUUGAUUCGUAAAAUAUUCAAUUGUAAACUAUCUAUUUCAACUACUAUGUGAUGUAUGAUGAUAUUGUUAGUUACAAAAAUGAAUUUUUUUUUUUGUUCAAUACCCAAGUACAUAGAAGAUCCCAUGAAGAAACCUUGUUGGACCAUGAGAGAGAAGCUGUUGAACCUAGAUUGGAACAACAACAGAUUGGUAGACCUGGAGAGGAGUUUAAAAGUUUUUUAGGGGAGGAUGGUUUGUAUGCUGCACCUCCAUCAUCUCACUUAUCUACACCUCAGAUAAAGCAACAACUUUUUGAUUUCUCAUCAGGUAAAGAAACUUGUUCUGACUUACUUUAAAAGAUAGUGAUGAUUUCUCUGAUUUACCCUUUCUCCACAUCUCCCUAAAGCACUUGAAAAUUUGAAAGUUGAAUCACUGUGAAACUUUCUAUAAGAACAAGUAGAUUGAAUAUAGAACGUACAUCCUUUUGUAAAUGAACACCAGCUAGUCCCCCUUUUUGUUCCCCAAACUAAGGGAAAGCUGUACCCACAUUCACCCCACACCCCUUUUAAGAAGAUAAGGACACUUCAAAAGGAGCAGUUCUAUCCCACAAGCAUCUGCUUGAUGAAGGUCUAAACAAUAUUCUGUACUCAAGCUGACUUAAUUGUAACAUUGCAUAAUGGUGCAUUGUAAAAAAUGAGAAAACAUGUGGUUAUGAUUGUGUACCACACUCCUCAGUUUCAGAUUCCUAUUUCCAAGCACCAGAUGGUGACCAGUCUGUGUAAGUAAAAAUUGUUACAGUUUAAUGGCUGGAUUCAUGACUAAUCUUAGGUUAUAAAUGUUGGGCAAAGAUGAGAAAUGUUACAUGUAAACACAUGUAAAUUCCUCAGUUUCAGCUUAGGAUUUAAAAGCUUUUUUUAUGUGUUCUGCCAACAUGUCAGGUGGUAUAUUAUGCCAGUGAGUUGUUAGGGAGUGUAUUAAUUGGUGCAGUAAAUUGAUAGAAUUUUGACCAAUAAAUGCCUGAAAUACAAAUGAUGCUUUAAAACAUAAGAUGUCAUUUAUAUUUAUGGUGAUUUAAUGGUGUGCUUUAACAGGAUAAUGUUUGUUGAUCCAAAAUGACAUUUGAAUAGUGCAAUUUUGAAUAAUAAAAUUAUUGACAUCUUUUCUACUUUUAUUGUAGUUUACCUGCAGGAGAAAAACAGAAUUUGAAAACAAAGAAAAAGAAACAAAAAACUGGUAAUUUAUGUUGGCACAUGUAUGAAACUACACUCUGUUGUCUAAUUUAACCCUUUGACCCCUAACUUUGACCUACAUCUAAUAACUCUUUAAAGUAUCACCCUCUAAAUCACCCACUAAGGUUAUAACAAUGAAGGAAAUGACCACCAACUAAAGAAAACUGUUGACUGAUAAACAAAUUCUCCUUGUUAUUACUUCAAGUUUUAGCAUGAGUAGCUGGUUUUGAACUGAUAUUUUCUAAAAAUGCCCCAAUAUUAACUCCUUCUCCUUACAGAAAUACUAUUAUUUUGCUAAAUUGGAUAGCUAGCAUUAAUAUUGCAGUACAAACAUUAUUGUUUACCAGUCUUGUAUUUGAAAGACUUUCGUCAGGAUAAUUGUAGGUUUUCAACCAAGGAAGUACUUUACUGUGUAUUUUUUUCACUAGAUACUGAUAACAAUUCAGAAGAUAAUUGAAAUAUUUUAGUAUUUCAAUAUGGUUUCCAUUAGAUAUUGGUAACAAUUCAGAAGAUGAUCGAAGUAUUACAGUGAGCUAUCCACUAUUCUAAUUAGCCCCCUGUCUGAAAGAGCUGGGAAUUAAUGAGCUCCCUGGGGCAUAUUAUAGUAGCAUACAACAAAUGGUUUCACAUUUGCUUUCUUUUAGCUCGCAUUGUCCCUUCCAGAUACAUGGCUGCUGGAACAAAAGUCACUAAAAAGGUAGCAGUGAAGGUAAAAAGUUUACUCUAAGCUGUGUGCAUCUUGAACCUGGACAAUUGCUUCUUGCUGGCCAAUUUUAACUUGAAAAUACACUUAAGGGUGUUUUUUUAUUGAUUGUUGUAAAACAAAAACUAAAUUUAUCACAACUUAUCAGAGGAAAGGAUAUUAUCCCUGAGGACCAAUGAAAAGUAAACUAAAACCAAACAAACAGCCCAAAGUGCAGGAAACACAUGUGACUAAGUAGUGAUUGGUUUUAAUUUUGUAUCUGAUUGUUUUAGAGAGGGCCACAAGUUUUUUUGACCAAUUAUAGGGUAAAGUAAAGCAAAACCUUGGUAAUAUUGGAUUUCUUUUGACUUUCGAUUUGAAAAAAUGGCACUAAAAGUAAUUUUUACCUCUUUUCAGUAAUGUUAUGUGGCAGAUUUCAGUCUGGUGGCUCAGUGAUUAAUGUUGUGGAUCACUCUCCUGUUACUAAAUUUCUAAAUGAAAACCCUGUUAUCUGUAAAAUUUUAUUGUUUAUCUUUUUUUGAUCUUUUGGGAAGUUACUCAUGAUAAAUAUUAUGUUUCUUACUUUAUGUUAUAUGCUGACAGGAGGCACCUCCACCCACAAAGAAAAAAGUCAGAGUGCCCUCUGCAACAUCAUCAAAAUCAAGAGACCAGUCAGUUCUUACUCACUCCAACAACAGCACACUUGGCCUUGAUGUCAUCACACCCUUCAUCAGACACACGUCCAAUCAAAAAGGCAUAGUCACAUCAACUCCAGCUGAUGCCAUGGCAGGGGUUGACCCUGCUGUUCAUGUGGGAGCACCCACCCCCAUUUUACCCCAGGGUGUAGCAACAUUUGCAAAACAACAUGGGGGGAGUGGAGGUACUUAUGCUGUCAAGAAGACUUCAGUUUCUCGUGACAAGCAAAAGCAGCAACCUAUUGUAGUCAAGAAAGCUGGGGUUAAGAUGGCAGGUAAAGAAAAAAUAAAAGUUAUCUGCAGGUACAAAAUGUUCUCUUAAAGGUCAAGGCACAUUGUUAACUUAAGAGGAACUUACCUUCAAAUAACAAAUUAGCCUUGUUGAGUUGCCUUAUUUAAUUAUUGUCCAAAGCAGUUGCUUUGUCUAUCCAAAUAUUUUCUGUUUUGGUAUCCAAAGAGAACCAGGUUGUCAUUUUGUUUCAAUUCAGCUGCUUGGAAGAAUAUUACAUUAUAUUACAUUGCCAAUCCUGGGUUGGCCAAUUAAAUUAUGCUAAAAGAAAUAUUCACCUAUGGUAGUGGGUGAAGGAGGACUAGUUUAUCAGGGUGCCCACUAUUCUGAGAAAGUAUUUAUAAAAUAAUAACAGUACAGUUACUAUAAAUAGUUCUCAUCUAAAAUGAAAUUUCCCCUCUAAUCUGUCGGCAGGUUCAUAUCAACCCUCUUCGCAAACGAGCAAGCCUUCUGUUCCAACCGAGGUGCGUCAGUAUUGAUCUGAAUUUUAAUAUUUUUCCUCAAUUUUUAAUAUUGGGUCCUCUGUCGUCAUCACUAUCGCCUCAGCGGAUAGGGCUUCAUUCAAACUCUCUCACUCACUUUUCCUGAUUGGCACCAACUUUCCUAGAUUCCCUCUUACUAUUCCAUUCUUGUUCCUUACCCUUCACUUCCUCCGCCAUUGUGCGCCCUGUUAUUUUGCGGCUGCCAUCAUUUCUCUCACUUACUAAGUGGCAGCCAGUUAAAUCACAAUGCCCGCCUGGGGUUUUUAUUCUGUUGGAUCGUGCAGGAACAUGAAUGGAAUUGUGCUGUGAUUUAAAAAUUCCGAACAAAUUUUCAAACUUCGUUUGCAGACCGGACCUGUAGGAACUUCAGCAGGUGAAGGUGACAUCUCACAACGUCAGCUUGAACUUCAGUAUUCAAGAGUUGUACAAGCCUCUUUUCUGUACUCGAGGGUAAGAUUAUGAAGUAGCUGUUAUUAAUGUCCGUGCUUGUGUUUCGUUUCCAAGAUUUUUUUUUCUCAGUUACAUGCAGUUUUCAGUGACCCGCGCACUUAUGUAAUCCGAAAGUUUUUGCGUCAGAGAAUCGCACAUACUAACGCCUAUUGAUUGUCCCAUUAGUGAAUCACACACAUUGUUUUUGUUUGAUUGUUACUUUUCCGACUCGCACACUCUGUUUUGUAAUUUAUACUGUAUUUCCGGAGGUGAUUUGUGUACCCCGUUUUGUGCUUGAUUGUUACGUUAGGGACUUGCACACUCUGUUUCGUGUUAAAUCGUUUGGUUGGUGACCCACCCGAUCUGUCCUAUGGUUGCUUCUCUCUUUAGUGACUCGUGCAUUCUUUUUCUUUGUUUGAUUGUUACGUUAAUAACUCGCACACUUUGAUUGUCACGUAAGUGACUCGUGCACUCUUUUUCGUGUUUGAUUGUUAUGAAGUUAGUGAAUCGUGCAGUCUGUUUUUCGUUUUCUUCUUUCUUCAGUACAUAAUGUUUUUUGGGACUCGCGCAUUCUGUUUGUGUUUGUUUAUUACGUUCAUGACUCGCACAUUUUGUUUUCUGUUUGAUUGUUACGUUAAAAACUCGCGCAUUCUGUUUUUUCUUGGAUUGUUCCGUAAGACUCGCUCACCGUGUUAUAUAUUUGAUUGUUUCGUUAGUGAUUAGCGCAUUUUGUUGAGCGGUUGAGUGUUGGGUCAGUGACUCGCGCACUCUGUUUUUUUUUUUUUAUUGUUAGGUUAGUAAUUUAUGCACUCUGUUUUUUUGUUUAAUUGUUAGGUUAGCGACUCGUGUACUCUGUUUUGUAAUUGAUGGUUACGUUAGUGACUUGCACACUCUGUUUUGUGUUUGACUGUUAGGUUAGUGACUCCUGCACUCUGUUUUGUGUUUGAUUGUUACGUUAGUGACUCGCGCACUGUGUUUUGUGUUUGAUUGUUACGUUAGUGACUCGCGCACUCUGUUUUGUGUUUGAUUGUUACGUUAGUGACUUGCGCACUCUGUUUUGUGUUUGAUUGUUACGUUAGUGACUCGCGCACUCUGUUUUGUGUUUGAUUGUUACGUAAGUGACUCGCGCACUCUGUUUUGUGUUUGAUUGUUACGUAAGUGACUCGCGCACUCUGUUUUGUGUUUGAUUGUUACGUUAGUGACUCGUGCACUCUGUUUUGUGUUUGAUUGUUACGUUAGUGACUCGCGCACUCAGUUUUGUUUUUUAUCGUUACGUUACUGACUCGCACACUCUGUGGUUUUCGAUUGUUAGGUAAGUAAAUUGCGUAUUCUUUCUGUGUUUGAUUGUCACGUUAGUGACACGCACACUCCGGUUUCUGUUUGUUUUUAUUAUUAGUGUCUCGCACACUCUGUUUUGUGUUUGAUUGUGAAAUCAGUGACUCGCACCACCUGUUUUAUGGUUGAUUCUUUCUCCAGAAUGUUACUCGUCGUGGCCGAGUACUAUGUCGGGUUAUGGGUUGAUUUGUCCAGAAAUCGGUUCUUCCUUUACUUUCUUGGUAGAGUUUUCUCGUUACAUCUCACCAGGCGCUGUAAAAAGGGAAGGUUUCUUUCUCCUUUAUAUAACUUCUCUUGCAAACGUUUAGUAAUCGUUGUUUCCGUUUAGGUAAGCGUGGAAUGGUUCAAAUCUCAGCCUUUUUGAACGGCAGUGCUUGUUCUCUCUGUUUUGUUUUGUUUUUUAACUCUCUGUUCGAUUUAUAAGUGUGCACUAAAUAUAAUAAGUUUGCCAUGUUUUAGUUGUGUCGGUGAUAUCUUUUCGUCGUUGAUUCUUGGUUGAAAUUGUUGGUUUUCUUGCAGCUGAAACAUUCCUUUGGACAAAAAGAAAAAGAUGCACAGGUAUUAUCAGCUUGGUGUCUAUUCUUGAUUGGUGAAAGAGUUAUGCAAAAAUGAUAUUUGAUUCGAUAACAGUCGCUUUAGUUUUCCAGGAAGAAAGAGACGAGUCUAUUCUCAUAGUAGGUAUUAAUGAAUUUCAACAUUCUGUUUAUUUAGAGUCAAAUUUACCAUGUGUGGCAGGAAAAAGAGAAACUUCAACGCGAGAUAGCUAAUCUAGAGUUACAGCUGAAAAUGAAAACGAAAAUUGCCGAACUUGAUGAACAAAUUAAGCUUCAGGUAAGUCUCUAAGUUGGUCACAGUACUUCUUGCCAGUUGAAACGCGAGAGGUAAAAAAUUCCGCAGGAAUCCUUGCUUGCUAGGUGCAAAGUUGCUUCCCUGUUUUAUUUGCCAAGAGCUUUUACUGAUGAAACCCUGGAGAUAUAUUUUGCGGGAAGGCAAACAAAUACCGAGAUAUCUGAUCCAUCCUGAGUCGUCUUCAAAGCGGGGAUAACUGACACUGUUAGGUGGGAGCACAGUUAAUGAUUCGCGAAAUGAUUUGGUUAAUGAUUCACAGAUGUCAGGACUUGAGCCCAUUGGGUCCAACAUGGUGAGGCUAAUACUAGACUUCAGUAAGUUGGCCGCUGCUCUGGAUACUACCCGGCAUCACAUGUCAGUCAACGGAGUGCUUCUUCCCGAUAAUCACGGUAAGACUCACAUCCGUAAAUAGAAAUAAGAUUUUAUAUUUGAUAACAUACACCAGGCGACAGGAGCCCAUGGGCUCCUGCCAGGCGACAAGUAACUGCUUGAGUUUCCUGCGUCCGGCAAACCGCGUCAAGUCUAUUCCUCCAAAACAAGGCGCUGCAACAGGCCUCUUUUGCUUGAUAUUCAGUUGUGGUUCAAGAAAUGAACCCCUUUUCCUCCCCAAGAAGUGUCUUCUCGAUGAGGGCGGGGAGAGGGAGAAGGUGUCACCCCCGGGCCAGCAGAUCGCGCUGUAUACAAUUUCUGUCAUUAUGGAUUCAACUACACCUCUUGAAAAUUGAACAGGAAGGAUCUCAUACAAUGUGACUUGACUUACUACUUUGAUACAGCAUUGGAGGGUUUUCGUGAUUUAAUAGUAAGCGUUGAGACUGUAGUACCAUGGAACACUGACAACGCGAACGAAAAAAACUGACCCUUACCCAAGAAGAACGCCUCUGACUAAGACGCGAUGGUGUCCUCGCUUUUAUUUUUGAACUGGCGCCUGUUUUAACCUAAGUCCACUGAAUUUUUUUCUGCGCUUUUAUUAUCUAACUUCCUUCUUUAUUUUCCUUCUCUCCAGAUCAGCUAUUAACUGUUCUUGACGAAAGCGAAAGAUUACUCGGCGAAAUUGACUCACUUUCCAAAGACAAACAACAAAAGGUAAGCCCUGGAUAAUGUUUAGUAGACUUCCUGUGAAACUACCUGUGACCAAGUGUCGUAAAACCGAAACCAAAGUAAUCAUGACAGGUAAAUAGAACAAGUGAGAAGUUACCAGGAGCCAACUGAUGAGAACUUAAAGUAAAUUUAGCAAUCUACAUGAAGCGUGGGAAAACGCGAGAGACAAAGUCGCGCUUGGUUUUUAGUUUUGCGUCUGAUUGGUUGAGAGGGUGGCAAGAGUUUUCUAGACCAAUCACAGAGCAUAAAUAGAUAAUUCUAGGAUAACUUUAAACACACCAGUAUGACUUACUUUCUGAAAAAGCUUUUGAUCUUUUUCCAUCACUGCCAUCGUGGCAAAGGGGAAACCCGUGAAAAUCUAAUAUCUAAGUUCUGUUAGAUCCAUCUCGAACUCUUAACUCUCAGCAUCUAAUUCUAAUUCUUUCUCGUAGCUACAGUUCUUUUUUAUUUUAAAUCUGUUAAUGUUACACAAACUUGACGUCCUACAGUGUUAUUUUUGUAUGUAGUUUCUAAAAACAUUUAUUUUAUUCCGUUAGAAAGCAUUUAAUGGUUAUUUAUUAGCUUAAAAAAUAUCCCCCUUUUCUUUCGGCUUGAAAACAGAUUGAAUUGUUUGCCAAAGAGAUGGAGGGGUUGUCCAAAACUGUAGACUCCGAAAUUCAAGAACAAGACAGGUAAUAUAUUUAUUUUUCUUAUAGAGGAUGGACUUACUACUUAGGUUCAUUAACAGAUAGGAUAUCUUUUAUCUAAUCAAUUCGGUACGUGCACGGGUCAUAAGGAAAUUAAAUUAAAGCGUUUGCCUUUUUCCUCGGAUUGGUCUCUAAGAUAUCACGCAGGGAAAUACUGAUUUUGCCCUUCGGUAAUAUGACAAUCAGUAAGUUUGUUAUGUACAACUCAGCCUAUGUACAUUUCCUGGUAAAGGCCAAGGCUGAGAAACAGUUCAUAAUCUCUUGAAGCCCAUUUUCUUUUGCUUCCAACAUUGUAACUAGUUUUUUCUAGAACCGGGCAGUGAAAUUUGUUCAAAAGAGUGGAAGAUUGCAAUUUUCUCCUCGUGCUUCGACAAAUGGGGAACAUUUUGCAGAAACGAAAGUAAUUAGGCGUAUAGGAAAUAUAAUUUUAUUAUUCACUUUGUUUAUCAAUUAUAUUAUUUUAAUUUUUUUUCAACAUUUUUCUGCAAGGUGUGGUGAAUUGCUGGCUGCUGCAUCAACGCUCAGCACUCAAGAGCGUAGUCUUCAAGCGCAAUCCAUCAUGGCUGGGUUAUAGACAUGUUCAUUUGGUUUCGUCUCCUUCUGGGUAUCGAGCGUUUUGGAGAUGACAAGUUAAACAGCUUGCCAAGCCAAGUAAACAAAGACUGAAGUGGUUGACACAAUAAUAAAGUAAUGGAAUCUAAUGAACAGAAUAUGGCCUCUCUCUUAAUCUGCUUCAUGACUGUAACAUUUCUCAAGAGUAGAGAGAGAGAGAAGAUUGAGAAUUCUUCUAAGUUCAAACUCUGAUUCCUAGUUGAGGACAUUCGUGGUUACCAUAGCUCGCUAUACAAAUCCACGCUAAAAUUUCGUUGUCAGGAGAGAAUAUUUCGCUGAGAAAAAACGCGUUUUCACGUGUUGUACACCUGUGUACACCUGUUGUUUUUAUUGAUAACGCCUUUCCGGCACAAAGCUGUCUACGAGGGAUCUUGCCUUGUACUUGCUGUAUUUCGAAAGAACUCUGAAUCUCUCUAAAGAAACAGUUUAGACAAUUGAUUAUUUUGCAAACUGUCUAGCAUGCAGAUAUAAACAUAUCAUCUUAAAUACUGUUCGUCGUAGUCGUAGUUUGGAAGACCUUCAAGCAAUCGUCAUAAUUGUUUUCAUCGAGGAUUUCCGCAGCAGCUAGAAAAGAGAGUUAUUUGUGGAAGCCUUGCUCCUCUAUUACUUGUUCUUGUCAGUAUGACUCUGGU